UUGUUCGUCACAAUAACUCUUUAAAGAAAAAUCCUCUUGACACCUUAACAAAUAUUUGUUUUCUGAUAAUAUAGUGAAAAACCACAAUCUGUUUUACUUUAUUUUAAAAUUUUACGACGCCAAUUAAUUGCCUUUUGAUUCUUAGUAGUUGUGUCGUGUGUGUUUACUGCAAUUAAGUACCGGCACGAGAAUAUCAUCAGAUAAUCAAACCCAUAAUUGGAAAUGUAAGCCCCAAAAAAAAACAUCAAUUUUACAUUGUUGAACAACAACAGAGACAUCAAAACUACCACCACCACAGUCCAUCAUCAUCAUCAUGAAGCAGCGCAAGAACCGUUAGAGGCAUCCGACGCCUUUUUGGACGCUAUAAAACGCGACGUUACUCAACAACCUGUUCAUUGACGCCGCCACCAUCCCCAGUUCCGAUAAUACAAUCCUACAGGACUCUUGUUCGUUUACGAGGAUGACUUUUGUCGGUUUUCAAACUUUUUUUUCAUUGGCGGUGCUCGCGAUCGCGGCCCAAGGACGACCGGAAGAUUUUAAUUUGAGGUUGAAUCCUUUCAGAACUUUAACUGGGUUUAGCUUCAGGCCAUCUUCAAAACUUCGCUUAAAUCAGGAAAUCGACGGCGACAUGCUGUCGUCACCUGCAAGACUGAAACGAGAUCCUGAACAUCAUAUUGAAGAAUGUAUGCAUAUGGCGUCUGACGAAGGAGAAUACUAUUACAAAGCGAAAUUACAGCCGGACGGUAGGGCGUGCGGAAUUUACAUUUUUGGAGAAUCAGACCAACAAAUUGAAAUAAGAUUCAAUUUUAUCGAUGUCGCUUGCGAAAAUGGUGGACUUGUUGCGGUUGUUGACGGUUGGGAAUUGAAUGGUGAAGUUUUUCCAAGUCCUGAAGACCACCCGAAGGCGCUGAAAUCGAGAUUCAACGAGUUCUGCGGCAAAAGAAAAAUAAAACAAACUUUUGUUAGUUCCCAAAACGUCGCCCUCAUACAAUAUCGCAUGCCGGCGAGGGGUGCGAGUUUCAGUUUUUCGGUGCGACUCAUCAGAAACCCGAGCCCUUGCAACGUGCUCCUGCAAGUCGACGACACCUACACCCUCCGAAACUACGACAGAAGGUCGAAUUGCAGUAUUACUUCCUUGUUUCCUGCUGCCAUCAAAGUAUUGGAUAUCAACGUAGGAAUCACCCCUACGAGGGACAGAGGCGUAGAAUACGAGACGGGCACUUAUCACAAGUGUCAAAAACGCGGUUUGGAUGACUACGUCCAAAUUGGUGGUUCGCUCGGGUUAGAUAAUGGGAACAUGGAAAUUGCAGAUUCUCUUUGCGGCCUCAGCUCUAAACCAGAAAGGCAUCCGGAUUUCAUCGGAUGCGAAACGACAAGUGCAAGACUGGUUUCGAGUGGAGCUUACGAAAAUUCAGUCACAGUUUUAUUUAGAAAACUCACGGAAAACGACAUGAACGCUUACAUGAGCGUUGUUUGUAUCCCCGACGAAGUGAUCAUGGAAAAGUAAGAGGAUAUGAGCAGCCUUCCAAAAAGAAGAUAUAUUGCGAGUUUUUGAAGUACUUUUUGGAAAACGGCCUUCUUAACUUUUUGGAAUAUGUAUUAUAAUUUUUUCGUUUUAUUUAUUAUGUUGUAAUGAUAAAUAAAUACUUAUUUAUUGGUCAAGGGUUUACGUAUUUAGUUAUUAUAUUUUUCAUCAAACAUAUCAGAAGCAAAAAAAAUUAUUCAUUUGUAUACUAAUGAGAUUCUAUUAUGUAAACAAUUUCAUCCAAAAACUGUAAUUAUUUAUACCUAAAUACUCUUUAAACCUGAUAUAUUAUUAGAUAUAGGUAGAUAAAAUGUAUGUACAAAGUGAUAUCAAACUGAAAGUAACGUAUCAGUAAAGAAAAAGAUGAUUUCAA